GGACACGCCGUUGCACUUGGCGGCGAGGUAUCGAGACCCGUGACGUGUUGUGAGUUUGUUGACGGCAGCAGAUGGACGGCUGGAUUAUAGGCCGAAUAAAUCCGGAGAAACUCCUCUGUACUUGGUCGUCGAUCGGGGUUCCGACGCGGCGGUGGUGUCUGAGAUACUGAAGAAUUGCAAAUCGCCGGCUUACGGAGGACCCGGACGGAGAACGGCUUUGCACGCGGCUGUGAUUGACAGCAGUAAAGAUGCAAUCUUAGAUAAAUUAUUAGAAUGGAAGCAAGAUCUAAUCAAGGACCGAGACACAAAGGGAUGGACAUCUCUUCACUUCGCUGCUCACAAUGGGAACCUUGAAGCAGUUAAGAAGCUAUUAGACAAGGAUAAAUACGUGGCAUAUACAAACAAUGACGAAGGGAACACGGCUCUUCACAUUGCUACCGCUACGGGAGAUGUACUCGUAAUGAAAGAGAUUUUACAAAAGUUCCCAGAUUGUUGGGAGAUGGCAAAUAGUAAAGGGCGAACCAUUCUUCACAUUGCCGCAGGUGUGGAGAGAGAUGUGGCGACCAAUUUUAUCCUUAAAAAGCCAUGGGUAAGCAGUCUUAUUAAUCGGAAAGACAAUGAAGGUAACACGCCUCUCCAUGUGCUUGCUUCCAAGGGUAAAGCUGGGCUUCACAUGUACCCUGGAGCUGAUAUGCUUGCUCUCAACAACGAAACCAUGACCCCUCUUGACAUACUAAAUCGGGAGGUUCCAGAUGCAGUAAGUGAACAUCGAACUGUACGAGAGUCUAUCGAAGAUGACACCUCGCCGAUGGAGAGUAGUCAUCGACCACCAACACGUUCUCCAGGACCUGACGAGCAGCGAGACAAUAAUUGAAUGAUGAACAAAUUAGUAUUGAACUUCCUGCAAAUCUGUUUUUGAGCUUUGGAGAUUAAUUUGGAUGAGCUGUGGAGAUUCAUGAACCAGUGGGACUGAACUGCUCCUAAUGGGACUGAAUUGCUAAGGUUUUGGUUACUAAUGGGGCGGAGCUGAAGGAGGUUUUGAAUGUCAAUGUCUUGCGACUCAAUUUUGGUGGGAUUAGUGGAGGAGUUUUUGCUAGUCUACUGAGCUUGCAGCCUUUUGGAGGGCUAAGAGAUGUCAUUGUUGGUUGCUGGAUGAAAUUGUUUGUUAGGCUCUCCAAUGAUAUUGUCCAUUCUCUGUCACAUGCUCCAUUUGAAGUCAAGCAAGUGCUGCCUAGCCCUAGUGCAUUUGCUACUGAUUAGUAUUUUGGGGAAGUGCCAUGUGCCUCAUUUUUGUAGAAAGAAGUGGACGGGAUGGUAUAGGGCUCAUUCAAUUUUCCCGUUGGAUGUAUUUUUAUUUUCUUUUGUUUUCUUUCCCUGGCCUUAUACUAUGCUUCACACUCUGUGGCUAGUAUUUGGUCUCGUCUCAAUGUACCCUUUGUCGAGUUUUUAAUAAAAAUCUUGU